CGUCCCACUCAUCAACCAAGGCAUCAGUGCCUCGGAGCCCCCGGCACCUACAUCCCCUGGGACCAAGGCCUGCACCUGGAGGUCUUCAUACAGAACCACACCAAUCACCCAUUCAUCAGAAAGGUGUGGCAUCCAGUGUGGACAGCCUGGCCAGACUUCCUGCACCCCUUGGCCACCCACUACUGGGGCCGACAGCUGCUGCGCUUCCACAACACACUGCCCUCUGACGGAGCCUGGACCGACAUGAAUGAACCCUCAAACCUCUGGUCCAGGAGUCACCACGGCUGUCAGCAGAACAACUUGGAGCAUCCGCCCUUCCUGCCGCCAGUGGUCAGAGACUCUCUCUUCUGCCACACGGUCUGCAUGUCGGCAAGGCACUACAUCGGACUCCACUACAGCCUCCACAACCUCUACGGACUGUCAGAGACGAGUGCCACCAAUGCAGCCCUGCAGGGUGUGGGAGCCAGGCGGCCGUUCAUGACUUCCCACUCGUCCUUCCCCGGCCAGGGCAUCGAUGGGGGCCACUGGACAGACCACUACGGGGGCCACUGGACAGACCACUACGGGGGCCACUGGACGGACCACUACGGGGGCCACUGGACAGACCACUACGGGGGCCACUGGACGGACCACUACGGGGGCCACUGGACGGACCACUACGGGGGCCACUGGACGGACCACUCCGGGGGCCACUGGACGGACCACUACGGGGGCCACUGGACGGCCCACUACGGGGGCCACUGGACGGACCACUACGGGGGCCACUGGACGGACCACUACGGGGGCCACUGGACGGACCACUACGGGGGCCACUGGACGGACCACUACAGGGGCCACUGGACGGACCACUACGGGGGCCACUGGACGGACCACUACAUGGGCCACUGGAAGGACCACUACGGGGGCUAA